AUGCUUAAUCCACCUGCAGAGCACAUCGACGAGAAGACUGCUGUCACGGUUCUCAGAAAGGAUGAGGCUCAAGCUAGUGACAACAAGCGGUUUGGUGAAACUGAGCGGGACUCUGCAGAUAUUGUCAUUGUCACUGGAGCCGAUGUGGCCGCUCAUCUUUUGCCGAUGCGAGAUGACUUCGACCCUACUUUGACCUUUCGCGCUGCUAUCCUGGGCUCCGGUCUUGCGGCCUUCCUCGCUGUCAUGACCCAGAUUUACACUUUCAAACCAACCCAGGUCGACAUCUCAAAGGUUUUCCUUGUUCUUGCUUCCUACUUUGUUGGUAACGCCUGGGCCAAACUUCUCCCCCGCGGUGACAAGUUCGAGGUGAGAUGGAGACGGCGAGAUGGACAGGGCAAGCUCCCUUGGUGGAUUACUGUCAUCAAGUUUAUUAAUCCUGGACCUUUUGGUCUCAAAGAGCAUUCGAUCUCUGUGAUCACUGCCACGGCAGCCGGGUAUGUUACGAAUGCGACCAGUGUAUUUGCGGCACAAAAGCUGUUCUACGAUCUUCCCUUGAGUGCCACCACUGUCAUCCUGGGAAUUAUCUCUAUCGGUCUAUUUGGCUGUGGUCUAUGUGGAUUUAUGCGGUCCUUUGCUGUCUGGGAUGUUGAGGCCGUCUACUGGGGUGAGCUGCCUGUGGUGAAAACUCUCCAAGGGCUUCACUGGGAUCAAGUUGAGAACUCGAAGCCGCUGAAAUACUUUUGGUAUGCGUUUACGGGUAUGUCUCUUUAUGAGAUAUUUCCUGCAUACAUUUUUCCGUGGCUCAACUCUGUCUCUAUUCCGUGUCUGGCUUCACAGAAGGCAACCGGCAAUAAGGGUGCCAUACUCACCAACCUUUUUGGUGGUGCCACUGCCAACGAAGGUCUCGGUCUCUUCUCUUUGUCCUUUGACUGGCAAUAUAUCACAUCCUCUUCAACUGCCAUUCCUCUCAAGUUGAUACUUCAUACCUUCGUCGGAACCGGAAUCUGCGCCAUAGUGAUGAUUGGCAUCUACUUCGGAAAUGGCUGGGGUGCGAGAUCAAUGCCCUUCAUGGCGACCAACCUUCUUACGGCCAAUGGCACAAGAUAUCCCGUGAAAGAGGUGUUUCCUGGUGGCUUGCUUGACAAAUCAGUGAUUGAAAAGCACGGACUAUCUCAGUUGACUGGGUCCUUUGCAUUUGGUCUAUUUAUGGCCAACGCGGCAAUUGGCGCCCUGAUUCUGCAUUGCAUCCUUUUCUGGGGCGAGGGUAUCUGGAGCGUUUAUCAACGCGCGAGGGAAGGCAAGCAUGAUGAUCCGCAUCACACCCACAUGGCGAAGCACUAUAAGGACACCCCGUGGUGGUGCUUUGCUGGCAUUCUCAUUGUCAGCUUUGUCCUUGGUCUUGUCGUGGUGAUUAAAGAGAAUAUCACUCUUCCGGUCUGGGCGUACAUUGUCUCGCUAGCACUAGGAAUGUUCAUUUCGCCUUUUAGUGUCGUCCUCUUCGCUCGCUUCGGCAACGGCAUUGCCACUAACAAUCUGUCGAAAAUGCUGGCUGGACUCAUGCUUCCUGGGCGCCCAGUUGGUAACAUGUACUUCGCUGCUUGGUCGCAUAAUGUUGUCCUUUCUGCUGGCUCCGUGUCCACCGAUCUCAAGCUGGGCGAAUACCUCAAAAUACCGCCCAGGAUCAUGCUUUGGACCCAAAUUUAUGGCAUCAUACUUGGUGGAUUCAUCAACUAUGCCAUUUUAUCUUCCAUCAUAUCAGCGAACCGGGAUCUUCUUGCCGAGGGCAACGGAAACUCCUCCUGGAGUGGUGCGACCAUGCAAGGUUUCAACACAAAGGCGGCCUCCUGGGCCUUGUCUCCCUACUUGUAUAAGUUCGGUGCCAAGUACGAGUUGAUUCCUAUUGCCCUAGCUGUCGGUGCCGCUGCGGUGACUUUACAUCGGGUUUUCUACCAGUUUGUUCCCAAAAUCGGACGGUUCGAUAUUUCUGAAAUUAACCUGCCACAAUUUAUUCAAUAUGCCGGUAAUAUUCCAAAUCAGCCACAGACCUGCACAAUUCUCAGUGGGCUACUUUGUGGCUUGUUUACCCAGGCCUACCUCCGGAAUUACCACCCACGCAUCUUCAAAGACUACUCAUACAUUAUUGCUGGGGCCUUCGACGCUGGUAGUCUCUUGAUUGUCUUCAUUCUCUCUUUUGCUGUGAACGGAGCGGGUGGACCGUCUCAUCCAUUUCCAUCAUGGUGGGGAAACAAUCAGAAGGGAAAUUUCGAUUGGUGUCCCGUCUCGAAGUAG